AUGACCCGCCACCCGCGCAAGCAACCUACGCCACUCGACAUUAACGACUCGCUGGCACAGCUAUCCGUGACAAAGCCGGACGCAGCCGACAAGUGCCGUGCGGACCUACUGGAAGCAAUCCGUCGCACCAGACGCAUUCUUGUCCGCUUCGAGAAGCACUUGGACACGGCUCAGCGCUCCGACUCGCGCAAACACAUCAAGACUCGGCUUGUGGCGCACGCUAGCGACUUGCUCAGCUUGUAG